AUGGCGGCGACAUUGGGCAGAGACCAGUAUGUGUACAUGGCGAAGCUCGCCGAGCAGGCGGAGCGUUACGAGGAGAUGGUCAAGUUCAUGGAGAAGCUCGUCACAGGCGCCACUCCCGCGGAGGAGCUCACCGUGGAGGAGAGGAAUCUCCUCUCAGUUGCGUACAAAAACGUGAUCGGAUCUCUACGCGCCGCCUGGAGGAUCGUUUCCUCGAUUGAGCAGAAGGAGGAGAUCCGGAAGAACGAGGAGCACGUGCCGCUUGUCAAGGAUUACAGAUCUAAGGUUGAGACGGAGCUUUCCUCCGUCUGCUCCGGAAUCCUCAGGCUCCUCGACUCGCAUCUGAUCCCAUCCGCCGCCACGAGCGAGUCUAAGGUUUUUUACCUGAAGAUGAAGGGCGAUUAUCAUCGCUACAUGGCCGAGUUCAAGUCUGGAGACGAGAGGAAACUAGCUGCUGAAGAUACCAUGCUCGCUUACAAGGCAGCUCAGGAUAUCGCCGCUGCUGAUAUGGCGCCUACUCAUCCCAUAAGGCUUGGUCUUGCUCUGAAUUUCUCAGUGUUCUACUAUGAGAUCCUCAAUUCGUCAGACAAAGCUUGUAACAUGGCUAAACAGGCUUUUGAAGAAGCCAUAGCUGAGCUUGACACCCUGGGAGAGGAAUCCUACAAAGACAGCACUCUCAUAAUGCAGUUGCUGAGGGACAAUCUAACCCUUUGGACCUCUGAUAUGCAGGAGCAGAUGGACGAGGCCUGA